UUCACAUGAGAACCAGAUAAUGGUGUAAACAUGGUGUGAAUCCCACAAAAUGGGCUUUCUCCGCCUUAUGUAUCGAAGGAAGCACAUUUUAUUCUUAUUAUUGUGUGCCACUACGCUGUGGUUAUUCUAUUAUAUAUUGUCCUUUUCAUCAGAACAUGAAGUUGUCCGUUCUUCAAGUCCAAGUAAAGAGGAAACAGCACAAAAGGACCAGAAAAAGGUCCAGGAAACAUUAAGAAAGGCUACAGAGGCCAUACACAAUAAUGUAAAAAAUAGUGGAGUGAUACAGCCCCCUCCGAGGGGAGAUGAGCUCCUCCAACCCCCACCUAAGAGGGAGGAGAAAACAAAGGCCCCCACCACCACGUCUUCUCCUGUAAAAGAUGGAGAAAAAGCGGGUCCAGGGAGCAAGAUGAAUCAGGAAAACAAAGAGAAAGAGGGCAAGGAGGAGAAGAAAGACAACGCCAAAUCAAAGCAGGGAAGUAAAAAUAUAACUCAGACAGAAAAAGCAAAAGAGGAGGGGAAUUUUGAAAAAGUGUUGAAAAUGGGAGAGAAACUGAAAAAUAAAACACUAGACUUAGGUGAAAAGAUGAAAAAUAAGACCAUGGAAAAACUCUCUCAGCUUGGAAUGAUAAAAACCCUAAAUCCAAUAAAAUUUAUUUAUGUCCCAAAUGUGUGGAAAUUACAAUUGACAAUGGAUGACCUAAAUCAAGUGAUGAAGGACACUAAUCAUUUAAGUAAACAGGAGAAAAUAGAUGUUAAUUACCCCAAACUGCUUCCUGUUAAGAGUAACGUGACGGAGGGUAACCAGACUGUCGCCCUACGUAAGGUCGUGAUGGAAAACAGGGUGGGCUUCUGUGAUUGUCGAGAUUACGAGUGUAUGUGUUGUUCACGAGUGACUCACAAAAGAAUUCAGGUCAACAUGACCGGAUGUGCCAAUAUUACAUUUAUGUCCAAAUCUCAGGAGCUGGAUUUCAGAUUUUCAAUGGAUAAGAAACCAGUUUAUAAAAAGCAAAUACCAGUUGAACCAGCUCCAAAGAUUUGCCUUAGUUCUCAUUCCAAGGUCGCCGACCUCUGUGUGGGAUUUCUAAACAUGACCUCCAAAGUCACCGUACUGGAGGAUCACAAGUUUUUGGUGGUGGGGUGUCUGGAAUUUAGCAUUAGCCUUUUUAACAAGACUGUCAGCGCAUUUCCAGUAGACUGUUUUCAGAUGCCGAGUCAUCAACAUCACCAAAAAGAAGACAGCGUGAAGAAAAUGGCUCAGGGUUUUGGCAAUUGGGUGCCAUGAUGAUUGUUAAUGGAUAGAAAAAAAACAUUCUCAUUUCUGUAAAAAUUUUGGUAGAUUUACACAUAAUUUAUUAUUAUUAUUAUUUUCAUGAAAUCAUUUUGAUAAAUGGAAUGUUAUAUAGAAUAUUUUACAUUAUUUGACAUAAUUUUUUGAAUUUUCUGUAUUCAAAAGCAAGGAAUCUUUGAAAUUAAACAUUUCGGUUUUUAACAAAAUUGAAUUUGAAUGAAUUGUAGACAGUUAUUUUUUUUCCUUAUGGGAGCUAA